AUGACAACGCACGCUCUCCCGAUAUGUGAUGCGCCAUUCCUUCCCGAGGCCGCUUUUCCCUUCCAUGGUGGAGACGUCUUUGGUCGCUUCUGCGCAACUCUCCCUCAAGGGGGUUCGAACGUCAGCUGCUGUCUGCCAUGUCCUCUUGCCGACUGGGUCUAUUCCGACAACUUCCCGACGCGCGCUCGUGAUUCGAACUAUGUCGCCAUUGUGAUGCUGAUCCUCAAUCUCUUCCUGCUACUGUCGUUCGCUGUACUCCCAAAGGCACAGAGCCAUCGGCACUACUUGAGCACUGGUCUCGUGGUAUCGUUGGUCGUCAUCGCGAUAGCCUUCAUCAUUCCACUGGGAUCGGAUUCGGAUCAGUGCUACGAUCGAAUCACGCCCAAUGAUCUACAGUCCAGUGUUGCUUGUGGAUUCACUGGAAGCUUGGUGGAGAUUGGUGCUAUGGGUGUGGUCGUAUGGAUCCUCUUACGCUCGAUCUGGAUGGCGCUCCGAAUCAUGGCCAACUUCAAGCGUACAAGACUGUUCGCCAUCAUUGCCACGACGUUGGGUGUCGGCCUCCCACUAGUCUUCCUGGCCAUCUCCCUCCCCAUCACGGGCGUGUCAUAUCGGCUGGGCGGCGUUUGCGUUCCGAAUGGUCCCACCGCGCUCAUCACCUGGUUUGCGUGGGUUUUGUUCUUUGCCGGCAUCAGCUGGAUCGUCCAAGUCGCCACUAUUCUGUACUGUCUGUGGAAGUUUGCCGCCAGCUCCAUUGCUGGGGCAUCCGGGCACACAUCGAACACGUCACAGAGCAGCACAAUCAGGAGCGAAGACAUGACGGAGAAAGCACACGAAGGAGACGCAGCGCCAACGGCCACCCAAGUACAGCCGACGUCACCGACGGAAGCAGAUCCAGGGACGAGUACGGCGAAGAAACGACUGUCCAGAUCCAGUCUGACCCCCAAACGGAAGAGGCGGGUCGCGUGGCGGAAGAUUCGGAACAUCGUUCUCCUCCAAUGGCGCACAAUCAUCUUAUCAUUCAUCAUCGUCAACUUGUGCGUCUUCUUUGGUCAGGCGUUCAUGGCACAGACCUUCGCCGCGCUGGCCAUGUCGGGUCCUCGAGGCUUGCCGCCAAACGACCUUGAAUUCGUCAAAUGUCUCAUCGCAAACAGAGGGAUCAAAGAGCCAUGUUUGCAUUUCUACAACGGGUUGACGGAACCAUAUGCAAUUGCGACGCUGGUCAUGGCUCCAUGCGUUGGAAUCAUUGUGUUCCUCCUCCUAAUCCGUGGCUCCAUCUUCCGCGGGUGGUGGGAGAUUUUGCGCAAUCCGCAGCGAUUCAUGCGAAAGUCGAGCACUGCGAGCGACAACUCUUUUGGAGCAGGCCAAAGAGAUGCUGGUGACGCCGGGGAAGGAAAAGAAGACGAUGAAGUUGCACGAGAUGAAGAGAUGAAUGCUGUCGACGGCAAUAACGAUGGAGCACAAACAGAUGAACCCGAGGCUCAUUUUGAGGCAAUCGGUAUGGCGUCCUGA